AUCAAUGCAAGCGUCAAAUUAAUGGCGGUGGCGAGUUGAAGUUGUUUAGUUCGUUUCGCAUCAUUCUUUUUUUGCUACAAAUUGUCAGUGGAAUCAAACAUCUGUGAGUAAUUACAAACACGAUGGAGAAUCCAGAGGAGGUUUUGCAGCUUCUUGAGCGAUUCACCAAGCUGAAACAAAAAGAGAUCCCACGAGAGCUGGAAGAUUAUCUCGGCUUCGUUGCCCGCACGGGAGAUACGGUGUAUCGAUGGGCUAUCGUGAAGCAUCUCUUCCGCGAAAAGCUGGUCCAUGUCAUUACGGAUUUCCACGAUAAUACGCCGAGCAUUGCAGAUUUGCCACAGUGUCCCAAUGUUGAUCCGUUUAACUAUGAGCGUAUGAAAAGGACGCUGUUGGAGAGACUGGAGGCUUUUAAUUCAGCUCCUUUCACUGUGCAGCGGAUCUGUGAAUUACUUACUGAACCGCGAAAACAAUACACCAGAAUCGACAAGUUUAUGCGAGCCGUGGAGAAAAAUAUUUUGGUGGUUAGUACGCAAGAGCCCGGCCGAAGACGAUCGGAAAGCGAGAAUGGCGAUUCGCUGGACUCGAUUGUCAAUGGUGAUCUGGAGGUGAACGUAGAUAUUGAGAUGGAUAACGAGGCGUUUAAUAUCGAAUCGAACGAGAUUGGACAAAAUACCGCACAACCUGAAGAUGUUACGUCGGCCCCAGCAGGAGAGUCCUCAGCAGCACUUCCAACUUCGACAGAAACUGCCGAUCAUGAGAAAGAAAUUGAAACCGAAAAGGCAGACAAGGAGCCUAUGACUGUGUCGGAACCUCUUGUCCUAAACAAUGUCGAAGUGCUGCCAACUGUUAGUGAAGAUGGGCCAAAGUCGGAAGAUUCAGCAACUGUGAUUGCCGAAAGUACUGAUAGCGGUGAGAGUUCUGCCAUCGAUGAAGCUUCUACGGACUUUCCGGUUCAGGAGUUACCUAAAGAUGAUCCCACACUACUCACGGGAACAGCUGCUGCUGUCCUAGAUGAGGGCGAUUCUGCCCGGCACGCCACCGAACAUUUGGACGAAGUUGACUCUACCACAAAGGAAACGCAAGAGUCAACCGACAAUGAGAUUGGUAAGGAUCUACAACUGUCAUCACAGGAAUCUCAAGACACCGAUGACUUCGUCAAGAUGACAUCAUUAGAGGAUAAAACAGUUUCCGCCAGCGCUGCGGACGCAGACGGAGAUGAUUCUGUAGACGAUGGGCAACCACAGGCGAAACUAGCGAAGCUUGAGGAUCCAGUAGUAGGAGAAGCAGAAUCGAAAGAUAUUGUUGCUCCGGAUACAUCGAUAGCAGUAGACCCAGAGAAAGAUGAAAUAAGUUCUGGCUCGACUACGGAUUCUGGAGGUAGCAGUACCAGCGUCGAUUCCGAAUCGAUUUCCCCCAAUACAGAUUCUUCAGUGUCCACUUCAGCAGAAACUGAAAAUGUCGAAUGCGCACAGACAGUUGAGAGUACACAAAUCGUGGAUCAACAGACAGUUCCCGAGGAGUCGUUAAGCACCAGCGAACAGCCGAACGAAUCCACCCCGCAAGCUGAACCUGCUGUUGAUGUUAUCACUGAGGCUGUUGUCACAAGUUCGGGAGGAGUUUCCGAGUCAGGUAUUCUACCUGUGGAAGCAGGAAUCAAACAAAUCGAUGUUGAGCUAGAACCGACCGCCGGCUAUGUGGUGCCGGAUGAAAUGGAAACCGUUUCGUCGACUUUGGUUCCGGAGAGUGUAAUGGCCACUGAUGAGGAGGACACGAAUCAGAGCGCAGUAGAUGCCGUUGUCCCAAUGUCGGCGGAUGUGCCUGAGGCCAGCAAAGCCGAUGACAAUGCCAUGGACAUAGACGAAUCCAGCGUAGAACCCAUGGAUCAAUAGACAACUUUGUGUUCACUCUCGAAAGAUGUAGUGCUAUAAUGUUAUGUGUAGAUUUAAGGUUUGCGGUAAUCCGAAGAAAAAAUCUUUUGCCGUACGAUGAACCUGCUGUAUUUUAUUGGGAAUAACGUGAGAGAUAGAGUUGACUGUAUAUGCGUUUGAGAUAAUAAAAGCCGAUUGAUGAUACGCACCUGAUUGCCUUUAACUUUGAUGAGUUCCUUGGUACGAUCGACAAUGUAGAAAAAUCCAUCGGAGUCAUAAUACGCCACAUCUCCGGUGUGAAGCCAACCUUCCGAAUCCAACGUUUCGCUUGUGGCCUUCACAUUGUUCAGGUAGCCCUUCAUCACCUGAGGCCCACGAAGGUACAGCUCACCAGUUUGAUGCGGUCCAAGAUUGCUACCAUCCGUGAGCGAUACAAUCUUCGCUUGGGUAUUUGGAUACAGUUGCCCACAGGUCCCCACUUUCGAUAGAUCGUAUUUGUAUGGCGUGCAGAGUGUCACGGGAGAACUUUCGGUCAUGCCGUACCCCUGAGUGAUAUCCACAUCCUUUCCACAUUUCUGUUUAAACUUAUCCUGUAGUUGGAUGGAUGCCGCUGCAGCACCCACCAGCACCGAUUCCACGCUUGACAGAUGAUCCGGGGUAACCUUCGGAUGGGUGGCAAGAAAUAGCAUCAAUGAUGGAACCACAAAAAGAAGCUUCGGGCGGAACUCCACCAAACACUGGAGGUAGUCCUCGGGGAUGAACCUGGAGAAAGAUGGCGGGAAUAAGAAUUUAAACUGAGUGUCACACAA